CUAGUCAUUUUUGGUCCUGCAGCUUGAAUGUGGUUUAAAACUUGUAAAACCACAUUUUACGUCAUAUUUCAAUGGAACCUCGCCGACCCCCCCAAAAUUGGUCUUAUGAAAUUUUCCUGUCUAUGGUGUCCCCCAAUAAUGAGAUGGGAUGUACGCCCUUGAUUAGCAUAAAUACUUUUAUAGUACAAAAGAAAAGUUGAGUUUUUGUGAAUCUGUUAGAGAUGACUCCUCACCGAGCCAUUCAUACACACAGCGAUUCAAAAGUGGUUUCUCAGAAUCCUUACAGCUUUAUUUUCUGAGAUGGACUGUCCAUGCAGAUUACAAGUGUGGACAGUCUUCUUUAGAACAGAAAGUUUGGGCUUUUACUUUAUUGUAACAAGAUCAGACGCUGGCAACAACAAUAGUCUUUCCUGAACAACACUGGGAGGUCCGUUUGCUGGUAAAAUUGCGGUAAGGAAAGUUGUAUUUAGACAUUCUGUGGUAGUGAUAUCACCGACACAGUCAUCUCUUUUACUUGUCUUAUAGCUGUGUCUCUAUCAAAUGAGAUGGUAAUAACUAGAACAAACUGUAUGUGUCUUUCAGUCGUUUUGGGCUUUUUUUUACUCUAAUAUUUGGUUGCGGUGCUUAUAUUCAGUAGCACUCCUGUCUUCUGUGACGCCAUUGGCUGAUUAGGGUGAGUAAAACCCAGAACUUAUUAAAACUGAAAGCUAAUGAAAGUCAUCCAUAAAAUCAUUUCCAGUGAAGUAAUAAGAACUUUUAAAUCUGUUUUUACAUGUAUGUAUAUAAGCAGGGAAUGUCCGUUUCUUCAGUAAGUAAUAUGAAUGUUUUGGUAAAGGUUAUAUAUUACAUCACUUGUAGAGCACACAUUUUAAAUUUUGUUUAAAUAAUGUUCAAAAUGAAUUACACCUUUUUGCAUUCUUAAAUUUGCAUGUUCCCCGGCGCAGAGGUGACAAAAGCUUUUCAGGCUUGUAGGGAAGUGAAACAUUACCGCCCGCUAUUUUUGACUUACUGACUGAAGAGACUUCACACAGUCUGGUUAAGCAGCAUGUCUGCAUCAUGCAUGUUGUGCUGAAGACGACGAGUUUACUCAAGAAAGAGGAAGGAGGGGAACGAAAACGAUUGUAACACCUAAUGUAGUUGGAGCGGCUACUCCUACAGCUACGUCACACACAUGACAGAAACAAUAUGAAAAUGAGUGAGGAUAAACACACAGGGCUCUGUUUCUGUUUCCACCUUGUUGAUGCUGACAUUUUCCCAUACAGAGGAGGGUUGCCCCGUCUGCGAUGGGGAAGUCCUGUUGCCAGUCCCUUUUUUUUCCAGCCCAAAGUUCUUUGGAUUGUACUUACAUUGUAUUUUGGGGGAAAGCCAUUGGAUGAGAUGAUUUCUGUUUUUUUUUUUUUUUUUUCAAAAGGUAGAUGAAAAUAAGAUUGACUUAGAUAUAGGUAUUUUAUAUUUUUGGCCAAUUUAUCUCAUAAAGUUUUUCUUUAUAUUAAAGAACUUUUUUGCACUGUCAUUAAUAAAAAUGGCAUCUUACAAUUUUUUUCUCUUUUUGCCCUUUUUCUUACACUUACAUGUUUUAGUUGAAAUAAAUUUUGACAUUGGUCAAAGAUAACCCAUGUAAGUGUAAAAUGAAGUUUUUAAAUAAGAAUUUAUUUUGGAAAAUGAUCUCCAGACCGUCCUUACCCCACGUAAAAACAUAACUAUCUCCUAAACCUAAAUUGACUGUUCCUGUCUCAGUGGAAACAUUAAGUAUUUUGAAUAUCUGACGACAAAUACUGGAUAUAUUUGUGGAAGAAUUUUGGCCCAUUCUUCCUUGUUGGAUUGUUUUAAUUCAGCCAUGUUUUUCAACCACGAAUGGUCAUAUCACAGCAUUUUGAGCUUGAUUUAAAUCUAUGCUUUCAAUAGAUAACCCUAUUUUUUAGCCAUACAGGAUAAGUGGGGGAGAGGUAGGGAGCAGCGUGGGGGUGUGUGUUCAAAAGUAUGAAACAAAAAAAAAAUAGGGCAAUAUUUCAUUGUUUAAUUUAUUAAGAGAGCCAAAGAUGUUGCUUCAGGGAUGCAGGUUCCAGAAAGCUGUGAUCCUACCUCAAUAUAACUGAAUCUAAAAUAAAUAUUUCCUACUGUCUCUUCAGUACAGGGGACCAUUACAGGAGCCAGGACCAGUUUUACAAGGACACUGGCCCCAGCUGGCCCCCAUCUAGAACCGCCCUUGGCUGGACAUUCUCCUGUAGGAUUUAUUUAGUAGAAUUCAUAAUUAUUUCAUUUAUAGCAAGUUGUCCAAAUUCUGAAGCAGAUGCCAUGAUUGACUGUCAAUAGACGUUCUUUUAAAAGAAAAUUAAAAAAGGCUGUGCUAGCGCUGUGCCAAGUGUAGUCGGAUCCACACUUUCCAAAAGAUCCAGUUGGAGUCAUUUUGGUUACCCAGCCAUUCUGGGGAAAUUUCCCCACGUUUCCAUUUUUCCCCAGUUUGUGGAUAACGGCUCUCACUGCUCUUUGUUGGAGUCUUUAAAAAAAGCCUUGAAAAAAAAUCUUUGUAAGUCUUUUAACAAUGACAGAUCUCAUUGACUUUGUUCCUCGUGUUCUUGAAUCUGUUUUGGGCAUGACAUGUUGCCUGAGAUCUUUUAUCCCGCUUCAUUUUGUCAGACAUAUUUUAUUUAAGUGAUUCAUUCAUUUUACAAGGCAAAAAACAAAAUAGUGGCUUUAUCUGUGAAAAUAAACUGAAUCUGUGAGGAAGUGUAUUCUUUCUUACUACACUUGUGUCUUUGUAAAGCUAAAAUAUUUUUUAAAGAUGCUUUGAAAAGGAUUAUUUACUUUAACAAAGACACAAAGAUUGGAAAUGUUUAAAUUAUGAACGUAGCUAUAAGAUCUAUAACUAGCAAAGAGGAAAUGACAUAAUUUGCCAUAAAAAAAUUAUUUCUUCUUUAUAUAGAAUUAGGUCUUUUUCUGAGUAUGGGCUUAAUAUUCAAAUUAGAGUGCAUCUGAAAAGUUCAGUUUUUUGCCUUAAUGGUGGGUGGCAAAACCCCCGCCUCAUUUAGACACCCACGUUCCUUAUCUGCAUCUUUUUUUUUUUUUUUUUUUUGACAUUAGUCGAAACUCAGAUAAUAUCUUUUUGCAACAACUGAAAUGCAAAGUAGAACUGAGGAAAUGAACCAUCUGUCGGCUUUUAUUAGUUCACUGAAGGUCAGUUUCUAUGGCACCUCAAAAAAAAAAGGUGUUAAAAAGAGGUGUGGAGUGAGCUGAUGAUGUAUGCUCCUCGCCACGCUAUAAAAAUCAUACACUGUGAGGAGUUAGAGCAUACAUCACCAGGUUCGCUUGUCCUUUCCGCCUGACUUCAGAGUAAAUUCAUCUAAUGGUAAGAAAGAACUGGAAUAAAAGAAAAAUAAUUACUCUCUUUUCUAAGCUAAUUUUAACUUUAGAAAGCUUCAACUAUCAAAAUAACUAUUUGACUUUUGUUGGCAACAUUAUUAAAAAUACCUUUGUAAUUACAAGUCAAUGACCUACCUAAAUCUUUGUUUAACAAAGACACAUUGAUUGGAAAUGUUUAAUUUAUAACCGCAGCUAUCAUAUCUAUAACUAGCAAAGAGGAAGGUGAAGUAACAUUUUUCUCUCAAACUUCCCCUCUGACACUGUCAAACAAUCUAGAUGACCUUAUUGUCGUGGAUCACUGCCUUUCUGCUGAUCGGCGCAACAGCAGCUGAUCAACAGGCUAAACUCAACCACUUUCCAGAAAACUUUGCUGUGGCAAAACAAGGUAAAGAUUCUGUCAGCCUUACCUGCCUUACAACCACGACUGGACCUGUGACAUGGAAGCACAACAACGACGAAGAGUCCGACUUUAAAGACAACAUGAGCCAGAGUGGCCAUAAUCUAACUGUGAGGGACGUGGAAGCACCCCUGCUGGGGGAAUACAGCUGCUGGAGAGAUGGAACAAAAUUAUCGUCGACCCUUCUGCUGCAGGAGACUGAGGAAGAAGAGGAUAUAAAUUCUUUGCUCACAUGUCGCGCAAAGUCCUAUGAUUGUAACUUCAGCUGCAGAUGGACUGAAGGCAGAUAUGGAGCUGUGCGCCUUGGAAUCGGCCCUGACUGCACUAAUGGUCUGCCAACAUGCCACUGGGUGAGCAGCAGUGCCCAGCCUGACAGCGAGGGAUUCCAGUUUGAACUGACCCACAACCUCUCAUCUUUUGGUGAGGAAAGCACCAUGCUGGAGGUCACCGCUGAGGCCAUCGACGAUGACUUCCUCUUCCUCAAGAAAACCAAAAAGUUUUAUCUUAGAGACAUUGUUGUACCUGACAGCCCCCGGAUUGUCAGCAUGAAGGUGGUGCAGUCGCAGCUGAAUGUCUCCAUCGAGCCGCCGUCCAGCUGGUCAACUCCUCACAGCUUCUUCGCUCUGGAGCACGAGAUUGAAUACAUCCUCAGAGACAAUGGAGAGACCAUAAUCUCUUCAUCUUCUCUGAUACCAAAGAAGAUCAGCAAGCUGAGGGCCCGGUCCAGAGAUCCAUUGGUGUUCUCAACUUGGAGUCAGUGGACUCCGUGGAAAAAUUGGAAGAAUUCAUGCCAGUGUAGAAAGAAACAGACAUCUGAGCUGUCACCCAAGUGUUUGGAACACUGCAAGAGGAAAAUGGAGAGAAGAAGAACUGAGCAAAGUCAAAAUCUUCUGAAAUGAAGGCGUUUUUGACAGAAAUGUACACAUUUGAAAUUAGAGGGAACAUGUUGGGACACAACACAGCACUGACAGAUCGAUUUAAGUUUUUAAUGAAAAAAAAAAAACCUCCAAAAAACAGUUUUUCAUUUGAUGCAUUUACAUGAGUGAAGAACGACUUAAGUCAUCGAUCUGUGUUGGAGUUAUCUGGUUUCAAAAUACAAAAAUGCAUGCAGAGUGGCUGUCAGACAGUUAGGAGGCUGAAGCAGAAAAACAAGGAAAGGAAUAAAACAUGAGCAGGGAAGCCACUGCCAGGUCAGUGACCAGGAGGCACAGAGUGGGGAUUUUUUUGACCUUCUGUGGUUUGCAUGAAGCUGGGAAACUUUAGUAUUGUACAAACAAACAAAUUUCACCCACAGGAUUGCAGUUGUGUGUGUUUUUUUUUUUUUUUGUUUUUUUGUUUUUUUUUUACCUCGGCUCCCCCUGCAGUUGUGGCACAAAACAAGUUCGCUGUAAAAUCAUUGCAUUAAAUCCUUUAACGUAUUGAAAGUGUCUGUUGAGUCAUCCAAUAAAUUAGAAAACAUUUGCUCCAACGUGGAUUGUUGGCCAGAAAAUAAAAACCUUGAAACAGC